AUGCCUAAAACAGAGACCGCGACCUCGAUCCUUCUCAGCCUUGCCAUGGAACUUUUCAAUGUCUCUUCCCGAAAGUACCAUGGAAGCCCGCUAGACAUGUUCGGCACGUUAAGGCCAGCGCAUGCAAAGGUCCUUUCUCAGGCCUCUCGAUUCUCUAUUCAGACUUCAACAUGUGUGCGUGGGUUUCGGCGAUAUCAGCACCGGAUUUUCCAUCAUGAAGCGACACCAUGGAAACAAAGACACAUACCCGCACUGGUUUGCUUCUCGAGUCAAGGGAGACAUCUAGCGACCUCGGCGUCGCCUACCCCGCUAGGCCAGGAUCUUCCCACGAUCUACAAACCUCCCACCACCGGCAUCAUAUCAAAACUACCCUCGUCAUGGAUCCCGUAUGCCGAGCUUAUCCGCCUCGACAAACCCGCGGGAACCUACUACCUCUUCUUCCCCUGUAUGUUUUCGACGCUUCUGGCGGCGCCGAUGGCUGUACCAAUGGCUUCACCACUGGAAGUGGUAUCUACGACGGCUCUCUUCUUCUCCGGUGCCUUGAUCAUGCGAGGCGCCGGCUGUACAAUAAAUGAUCUCUGGGACCGCAACCUGGAUCCACACGUCGAGCGUACACGACUACGACCCAUUGCGCGGAAAGCUGUUUCUGUUGAAAAUGCAAUUGUAUAUCUAGGCGCACAGCUUCUUACUGGAUUGACUCUGCUCUUACAAUUUCCCCUACCUUGUCUCUACUAUGGAGUUCCGAGCCUUGCUUUGGUCACUUUAUAUCCUCUGGCGAAGCGAGUCACCCAUUACCCCCAAUUUGUUCUCGGCUUGACGUUUUCAUGGGGUGCCAUCAUGGGCUUUCCGGCGCUGGGCAUCGACCUCGUCUCCAACCCCGGCGCACUUGCGGCUGCCGCGGCAUUGUAUUCCAGCUGUGUCGCGUGGACUCUCAAUUACGACAUGAUAUAUGCCUACAUGGACAUCAAGGACGAUGCCAAAGCGGGCAUCAAGUCGAUCGCCCAAGCACACCAACACAACUCAAAGGCCGCUCUGUCUCUCUUCUCUGCCGCUCAGAUUGGACUCCUGGCGAUUGCCGGCUAUUUUGCCGGAGCAGGUCCGGUGUUUUUCAUCGGUAGUUGCGGCGGUGGUGCGCUGGCUUUGGCAACCAUGGUCCGACGGGUGAACCUGAAGGACGUUAAGGAUUGUUGGUGGUGGUUCAGGAACGGUGCCUGGAUCACGGGCGGAGUCAUAUCACUCGGCCUGCUCGGAGACUAUCUUCAUCGGAAGACCCAGGAGGAGUCUCAAUCCACGACUCAGACCAUAGGCGGCGCAUAA